GGCACGAUGAACAACUCCCUGAUCCUGGAGCUGUGGCGGUCCAAGGCGGUGUCCGUGCGUGAGCGGCUGGGCAUCGGGGACCAGCCCAAUGACUCGUACUGCUACAACACGGCCAAAAACAGCACCGUGCUCCAGGGGGUCACCUUCGGGGGCGUCCCCACCGUCCUGCUCAUAGACGUCAGUUGCUUCCUGUGUUUGAUCUUGGUGUUUUCCAUCAUAAGAAGGAGAUUCUGGGAUUAUGGCCGUAUCGCCCUGGUGUCAGAAGCAGACAGCGACUCCAGGUUCCAGAGACUGUCAUCGUCGUCCUCUUUUGGGCAACAAGAUUUUGAGAGCGAGCUGGUUGGUAUCGACCGGACAGGCGUGGCUGUGGCCGUGGUGGGGGCGGGGCAGGGCAGCCGGCAGUACUGCCCGGGGCGGGCAGUGCCCGCGAAGCCCUGGCCCCCACCCCGUACUCACUCCGUCUGCAGGUUUGCGAUGGUCGUCCUCCCAAAGCUGAAGAAGACAGAAAAGAGCCUGACCUAUUACACGAACCUGCGGGCGAAGACAGGCCAGUGGACCCUCAUCAACCCCAGGCCCUGCGGCCAGUUCUGCUGUUGCAAAGUGCCGGGGUGCGAGUGGGAGGAUGCCGUCUCCUACUACGCGCACAUGAGGGACAGGCUGCUGGAGAGGAUCGCGGACGAGGAGCGCCGGGUGCAGGAGCAGCCCCUGGGCAUGGCCUUCGUCACCUUCCAGGAGAAGUCCAUGGCCACCUACAUCCUCAAAGACUUCAACGCCUGCAAGUGUCAGAGCCUCCGGUGCAAAGGCGAGCCCCAGCCGUCCUCCUGCAGCGCGGAGCUCUGUAUCUCCAAGUGGACGGUCUCCUUUGCCACGUACCCGGAGGACAUCUGCUGGAAGAACCUCUCCGUCCAGGGCUUCCGCUGGUGGCUCCAGUGGCUGGGCAUCAACUUCACUCUGUUCGUGGGGCUCUUCUUCCUGACCACCCCCGCCAUCAUCCUGUCCACCAUUGACAAGUUCAAUGUCACCAAACCCAUCCGUGAGCUCAACGACCCGGUCAUCAGUCAGUUUUUCCCGACCCUCCUCCUGUGGUCCUUCUCGGCCCUGCUCCCCACCAUCGUCUACUACUCCACGCUGCUGGAGUCUCACUGGACCAAGUCGGGAGAAAAUGAGAUCAUGAUGUCCAAGGUCUAUAUAUUCUUGAUCUUCAUGGUGUUGAUCCUGCCGUCCCUCGGCCUCACCAGUCUGGAUUUUUUCUUCCGGUGGCUCUUUGACAAAACUUCCUCCGAAGCCUCUAUCAGGUUGGAGUGCGUCUUCCUGCCCGACCAGGGCGCCUUCUUUGUGAACUAUGUCAUCGCCUCGGCCUUCAUUGGCAACGGCAUGGAGCUGCUGCGGCUGCCGGGCCUGGUCCUCUACACCUGCCGCAUGGUCGUGGCCAAGACGGCCGCCGACCGCAGGAACAUCAAGCAGAACCAGGCCUUCCAGUACGAGUUCGGAGCCAUGUACGCGUGGAUGCUGUGCGUCUUCACCGUCAUCAUGGCCUACAGCAUCACUUGCCCCAUCAUCGCGCCGUUCGGGACAUCCCUGGUCCUGCUGGCCAUCCCUGGUGGCGCCCUGAUCCCAGGGUCCGGGAGCUACCGCCUGGCUCGCGGGUGA